AAGGAGCGGCUGCAGUGUGUCAGACUCAGUCAGUCUGGAGGGGGGUGAAAGUUCACCAGAAUGGCUCUCACAUAUCAGGUGACAAUGUGGGAAAGUUGGACACCACACGCGGCUUGAAACCAAACCCAAAACAAGGCGAAGGGAGAAGAAGUAUAAGCAUGUCGAAUGAGAUGGUUUCGGCAGCGUUGAGCGGGGAGGAGGAGGAGGACACAGCCCUGGGAUAUUACGACGACGAAGACGACCUGGAGGCGUUUUCAGACGCAGAGCUUGGCUGUGAGGACGGAGUGUUCAGCGAUUCUCUGAACGGAGAGGUCAAACCUCGUAUACUGUUGAUGGGCCUGAGGAGGAGCGGGAAGUCCUCCAUCCAGAAGGUGGUUUUCCAUAAAAUGUCGCCCAAUGAGACCCUGUUCCUGGAGAGCACCAAUAAGAUCUGCAGAGAGGACGUCUCCAGCAGCUCCUUCGUCAGCUUCCAGAUCUGGGACUUCCCCGGCCAGAUCGACUUCUUUGACCCCACCUUUGACUAUGAAAUGAUCUUCAGAGGCACCGGGGCGCUAAUCUUUGUCAUCGACUCACAGGACGACUAUGUGGAGGCUCUGAGUAGACUGCACCUCACAGUGACCCGGGCCUACAAAGUCAACCCAGAGAUCAACUUCGAGGUGUUCAUUCACAAAGUGGACGGCCUGUCAGACGACCAUAAGAUCGAGAAGCAGAGGGACAUUCACAAACGAGCCAACGAUGACCUGGCAGAUGCAGGCCUGGAAAGAAUACACCUGAGCAUCUAUUUAACCAGUAUAUACGAUCACUCCAUAUUCGAGGCUUUCAGUAAAGUGGUCCAGAAGCUUAUUCCACAGCUCCCCACGCUGGAAAAUCUGCUCAACAUCUUCAUAUCUAACUCCGGCAUUGAGAAGGCCUUCCUGUUCGAUGUGGUCAGUAAGAUCUACAUCGCCACAGACAGCAGUCCAGUGGAUAUGCAGACGUAUGAACUGUGUUGUGACAUGAUCGAUGUGGUCAUUGACAUCUCCUGCAUCUAUGGCCUGACGGACGGUGAAGCUGGUUUACCCUAUGACGAGGAGUCUAUGGCCAUCAUCCACCUGAACAACACCACAGUCAUGUACCUGAAGGAGGUCACCAAGUUCCUCGCCAUGGUCUGCUUCCUCCGCAAGGAAAGCUUUGAGAGAAAAGGACUGAUUGACUACAAUUUCCACUGCUUCAAGCAAGCCAUCCAGGAGGUUUUUGAUGUCCGAGUAAAGGUUCAACAGAAUCGUAAACUUCUCAGUCAGAGGAGGUGGAGCAAACUGACUAUGACCAAUGGAGAGCUCGGCAACGCCCACUGAGGACUGAUGACGUCACAUCAGACAGCCAAAUGUGCCUGAGCUGCACCCCGACAAAUCCAUGAGACUCCGUCCUCAUUCAGAGGGGCACAUCCGAUUUUUUUUUUUUUAUCUUGCUGGGAGUCGUUCGGUCUGUUCAAUCCACACCGACUCCUACCGCCAUCGUCUCAGUUAACACGUUCUCACUCGCAUCAAAAAGCGACGCUCGGUCAGGUGCCUUUGGUGUUUGGAAUUGACGCAAAAAGUCUCCUUUAGCGUCAUAUUUAGAAGCACUUAGUUGGGACUCUUGGCGUCGCUAUUUGAUGCUCUCGGGACUCGAGUCUAGCCCCUUUGGCGUCAUAUUUAGACGCGCUUGGUCGGUACUAUUGGUGUCACUUUUUGACGCUCUGGGUCAGGACAAAUGUAUGACAGUUAGGUUUAGUAAAAUAUUGUGGGUGGGGUUACAAAAUGUACGUUGCAGGGACGUAGGGAACAAGAACGGGACACGAACCCCAGUCUCCUGGGCGAAAGUCUUGUGUUGUUUGACUCAUCUACCACUCCAACCUGCCUCGUUAUGCAGAUUUUUUUUUGGUCUUUCAUACUACUCGCUACCGUUGUCGC